GAGAGAGGAAGCGGGUGGCGGCCCAGGUCGCCAGGAACGUUCAGGCCAUGCAGAGCGAGGGCCUGCUGCGGUGCUUCGGAGACGGUGGCCCGAUCGAGGGCUGGGACCAGCUGCUGGAGGCCACCAGGACGCUGGCGGCGAGGGGGCAGGCCCGAGCCAUCAGCGAGGGCCGCAGGGCCCACGUCGGCUGGGCCAAGAGAGCAUGGAAGGAACGGGCUGGGCUCCUCCACGACACGGCCAGGCCCGACAGGCCCGCGGCCGACGAGCCGGUCGGGCAGGCGGCGGGCGGCAUGGCCUCGGCGGCGCAGCCCAUCAGCAUCAUGGAUAGGCGCGCGGAGAAGUGGGGCAGCCUCCGGCAGGACUCAGGGGCCAACCUCCAGCGUCUGCAGAAGCAGCUCCAGCGGACGCUUGAGAUCGCCAGGCAGGAGGCGCUGCCGCCGCUGCAGACCGAGGAGCCGGAGGCUGCGGCGCGCGCCAUCGGGAGCAGGAAGGCGAUGGGAGUCGAUGUCCUCGACUCGCUCGACGUCGACAG